UUGAAGCGUUUUGACCUCGCUGUCAGGAUGCCAUGCCACAAUCAGCAGCUGAACAGUGUCAACAGUGGCCAGGAGCACCCGAUGAAGCAGGUUCGGUUUGCGAACAGCAGCAGCAGUGUGCCUGCGGUGCUGAACAGCUCUGAACCGACUGAUGUCCCCAUGCAGCCGGUCAGCCAGGACAGCCUGGGUCCUCAGCUGAAGCUGCUCCCUCUGAACGACCAGAUCCGAGAGUUACAGACAAUAAUCAGAGACAAAACGACCAGCAGAGGAGAUUUUGUUUUCUGUGCGGACCGACUGAUCAGACUCGUAGUUGAAGAAGGCUUGAACCAGCUUCCCUUCUCAGAGUGCACCGUCACCACGCCCACAGGGUACAAGUAUGAGGGAGUCAAGUUUGAAAGAGGCAACUGUGGAGUCAGCAUCAUGAGGAGCGGUGAAGCCAUGGAGCAGGGCCUCCGCGACUGCUGCCGCUCAAUCCGGAUUGGAAAGAUCCUCAUCCAGAGCGACGAGGAGACCCAGAAAGCGAAGGUCUACUACGCAAAGUUUCCCCCGGAUGUGUACAGAAGAAAAGUGCUGCUCAUGUACCCCAUCCUCAGCACAGGGAACACGGUGAUCGAGGCCGUCAGGGUGCUGAUAGAACACGGUGUCCAACCCAGGCACAUUAUUCUCCUCAGCCUCUUCUCCACACCUCACGGAGCCAAGUCCAUAAUCCAGGAGUUUCCAGACAUCACCAUCCUGACCACAGAGGUUCACCCGGUGGCGCCAACACAUUUUGGACAGAGAUACUUUGGCACCGACUAAAACAGGACAAAAUGUUUUUGGUAUUUUGUCUGCAGACUUUGUUUCUGUAUCUCAUGGUGUCCUUGUGUCAUUAUUAACUAUUAACUCAAGUUGUUGAACUGACACCUAACGAUUGACCCGAUUACUUGUAUUUAUUGUUCUUUUUUUGCUUUCUAUGCUCAGACUGUAGAAAGAAAACCACAGAAAUUAAAACAUGGAUCAUUUUAUUUUGUGUUUUAUGAACAGAUGAAUCAAUAAAGAAUGUAUAUUUGUUUACAGACAGAACAAUACAUGAAAGUGGA